AUGGCCGAUCCCCGUGUUGAAGAACUCCCCGAUGAUGAGGUCCCCAAGACCAACGUUGAGGAGGGCAGCGACUCUGACUCCGAGGCUGGCGAGGGCGAGGCUUCCAUCCCCGGCGGCGCCUCCGUCACCAUCCACUCCCGUAACGAGAAGAAGGCUCGCAAGGCCAUCGCUAAGCUUGGCCUGAAGCACGUCCCCGGCAUCACCCGUGUCACUCUCCGCCGCCCCAAGAACAUUCUUUUCGUCGUCAACCAGCCCGAUGUCUACCGCUCUCCCAACAGCAACACCUGGAUCAUCUUCGGUGAGGCCAAGAUCGAGGACCUGAACGCCCAGGCCCAGGCUUCCGCCGCUCAGCAGCUCGCUGCUGCUGAGGCUGCCGGUGACCACGCUGGUCACGACCACGACCACGACCACGGCAAGGGCAAGGCCCCUGAGGCUGAAGCUAAGAAGGACGAGGAGGAGGAUGACGGUGCCCCCGUCGACGAGUCUGGCCUUGAGGCCAAGGAUAUCGAACUUGUCAUGGCACAGGCCAACGUUUCCCGCAAGAAGGCCGUCAACGCUCUUCGGGAGAAUGACAAUGAUAUUGUCAACUCCAUCAUGGCUCUCAGCAUAUGA